GGAUGCCAUUUGGACAUAUAUGUCCCUACACAAAACGCAGUUGCUGUGCCAGAGGGACAUAUAUGUCCUUCUGAAACAUCAUGUUAAAAGAAUUGAAAUAAAAUAUUUUUGGAUUACCCCAAGCCCAUAGCAAUUGCAACAUCGCAAAAAGCAGUAAAUUUCCAUCACAUCUGUGUCAUUUUCACAACUCUACUGUCAAUAAAUAACGCAUAUGGAGUUAGUCAAAUUCCCCUUGUUUACACUUUCGUUCAAAUGUGCCGCCAUUGAAAUAUUUUUUCAUUUCGAACAAAUUGCACCGACUGAUUGAAAAUCCAUAUGCGAAGGAAUGUUUGAAACCUUCAUAAAUAUUUUGGUUAAAAGAUUGAAAAUGGUCAAAUAUCUACGCAUCUAUGUAUUAAUUAGCUAAUGAAACCAACUAAAUGCCCAGUUUAUCGAUGGUGAAUGGAGUGUAUAUAUUUUUUUUACAGUAUUUGUUCAAGGCCUCGUUCAUCACAUUCAUAUCAAAGCGUAUUCAAAAACAUUCAUACAGUUAUACAUACCUACUGACAUCUUUUAAAAACAGUCUGUGUGAAAAUGUGCCACUCCUCAUAUUCAUACGUAUACUUAGAAAUUCCAUUCAUGCUUCCUAAACCUCAAAUUCUGCAAAAACACAGAAAAGGUACCGCAACUUUUUAGCCGAAACUUAAAACAAAAUGGCGACCGAAGUUGAAGGUCGCUUAGCGGUACUUUUCAUGAGAGAAAACAAGUCGAAAGCAUGUCUCCCAGAAGAAACGAAAACGCACAUGGUAAACUUUGACACACCCUCUUGGGUCUGUGUUGUUCAUGUUUUGUGACUGAUUAUAUGUAAGUCACGUUUUCGUAUGUUUAAUGAGGCGACCCAAUUUAUUACAAGACGUUGAAAAGUAGGUUGGUAGCAACGGCAUAUAGGAUCUUAUGCAGUGUCGAAUAUAUUUAUAAUUUAUUGGUUAUAUAAGUAUAUAAACAAGAACUAUAUGAUGUUGAAUUAUGAACGUGUAAAUGUCAGUUAAAAUUACUUGAAUACCGGUCCCCGAUGAAUCUAUAUAUUUAUUAUUAGUUCGUAUGUCUAAAUAUAAAUAGCUAGCUCUUUGACAGUAGAAUUCAUUACUAAAUUAUUAAUAAUCUUUCGUUUAAUUUCAGUAUGUAAAUUUGUAUUCAUGCGGUUUGUUAUUGUUAAAUACCUUAUUAUUAUUGCAAGACUAAGUUUUUUUAUUUCACGAAUACAAAUGAAGCUGUUACGGUUAUCGACAGUUGGUUUCAAUCAUCCACCAUAACGGGGAUGGCAAGAGCGGCAAAUUUCCGAUUGUUCGUCUGGAACGAAAUACCGUGACCCGCGACCUUUGACAUGCAACGUCACAGAGGUUACAGGUGCCCGAGUAAAACAAAAUAAAGUUUGAUGUUGAAAUCACCAACAGUGUUAAAUAUGACAUCCAAUGUAAAUAUUUAUACAUUAUAUGCUUUAAUCUUUAUCUUCGUGCUUUGUUUAUCGAAUCAGCGCGAUGAACACAAAUCAAAUAUAAAAAAAACGUUCGCCUCCCGCCGAGAGCAUGAAUAUUCAUAGGGAUAAAAAUAGCCCCAUGUGACAGACGACAACAUUGCGAUCGAAGCUGUCCACCAAGAAGGAAUAAUGUCUGCGGUGGGAAUUGGCGACGACGAUGAUUUGGGGGAGUCGGACUUCGAGUCGGACAUAUCCGUCGAUUCUCUCGAUUCCGACUGCGAGUCCGACUCCCAGGAAGAGAUAAGCGAUCACGAGGAAAAUAACCAAGAAGGGGCAGGGGCCAAACCAAUGGUCCGUGGCCCCUGGCCGCCCGUGCUGGACACAGACAGCUUUGACCUCGGCAACAGCAUUGACUUUGCCGAGGAGUGCGGCCCUGUCAACCCUCCAGACAUUCCUGAACACCCAUGGUAGAACGACCUCCCGUCUGGACUUCCACAUGUCCCUUCUCCACUCACUCGUCGGGAACACUCUUGUGAAGAGGAGGACUGGCAGGCCCAGGACCCAGCCUCCUUCCCAACGACUGACCGGACGUCACUUCAUAGAAGUGCUGCCUGAAGGGAAGAGGAAACAGUGUGUUCUCUGCAGAAAGAGACAGAGGACCUUCGAUGGCUCCGCAGGAAAGGUCAGGACCUGGUGUCCUGACUGCCACAUUGGUCUCUGUGCACGCUGUUUCCGUCAGUAUCACACAGUUGAUCACAUUGAAGAGUGAAAGGCUGUGUGUACUGGCAUAUGAUUGAACAUGACUCAUGUUCCAUCAUAUCAACCCUUCAAGCAGUUUCCCCAUCUGUGUGCUUCAUUGUAAAUAACUAGUGAGUGAGUAGGACUUACGCCGCACUUGCAAUAUUCAAGCGACAUCACAGCGAGUUAUUGUAUCUAUGUACUUAUUGUAAAUGUUUCAUAUGUGUGUAUAUAUAUUAAAGGAUGUUUUUGUGAGAGAGUAUGACCUAACGCCGUAUUUGCAAUAUAACAGCAACAUCAUGGCGAUUCAUUGUAAAUAGAUCAUUGUCUAUUGUAUAUGAUUAUGUACUUAUUGUAAAUGAAGUGAGUUUGUCUUAUGCCUCUUUAAGCAAUAUUCCUGCAAAAAUAUGUCAGUUUAAUGUAUUUAUGUUCAUAUUAUGUUCUAUAUUUAUUGUACAUGUAAUUAUUGUGUGUUUGUAAGGAUCUGUUGAUGAGUAGGACUUCCCACUGAAUCUGCAAUAUUCCAGCAACAUCGCAGGGAAUCUUUGUAAAUAGAUUGUAUAUAUUGUAUAUUGGUACUUACUGUAAAUACUCAAUGUGUAUAUAUAUAUAUUUCAGGAUAUAUCUGUGAGAGUAUGACUCCAUGCUGUAUUUGCAAUAUAGCAAAUUAUUUGCAAUAUAGCAGCAACAUCACAGCGAUUCAUUGUAAAUAGAUUAAAUUAUAUCAAUGAUAUAUAUUAUAUAUAUUUACUGUAAAUAGAAAAUGGAUUUGUGUAUAUAUAAAAGGACAUGUUGGUGCAUGAGUAUGAUUCAACGCCACAUUUACAAUAUUCCAGUUAAUUCGUGGCGAUUCAUUGUAUAUGGAUUAUUGAUCUUUUGUUCACAAUUAUGUACUUCAUGUAAAUAGAGUGAGUAUGAUUCAUGCCGCUUUCAGCAGUAUUCCAGCUAAGAUGCGGCCCUUUUUUUAAACUUUAUUGUACAUAGUUUAUAUAUUAUUCACAUGUAAAUACUGUCAAUAAAUAUGUAUAGAUUGAGAGAUUUGUACAUUUGUCUUAUAUAUCUCA